CACUGACGUCAGUUUUAAAAAGCAAGGCCGCAGAAACAUUAUUUUAUAAUUUAUUUUUUGUUUUAUUAAACAAUAAAUUUAUUUAAUUAAUAAUAAUUAUUAUCAGAGAAAUUUAUUCAAUGAAAAGUUACAAAUAUCAAUAGUAUUUUUAAAUCUAUUUUGCGGCACCGGUAACUGAAAAAAUUCACACGCAAGAUAACCUUAAAAAAUUUUUUACGAUGUUUAUAAAAGAAAUAAAUAAUUAAACUACUUUGAUAAAUUCAUUUAAUAAAGAACUUAUUAAUUGAUAAUUAAUAAUGGCGACUCCAACCAAUGGAAAUGGUAAUUUAAUUGAUGAAUUUGAAGAAGCAUUACAGCAAUGUAUGAACAUACUUACCAAAGAAGAAGGAUUAUCAAACAACAGCAUCGGAAGUAGUCUGGCAGUAGACAAAGAAGAAGCCAAAGCAGAAGUCGAGCAAGUCGUCUCUCGUUUCAUUGACCUCGCGCGACAAACGGAAGCAUUUUUCCUACAAAAACGUUUCUUGUUGUCGGCACUAAAGCCCGAGUUACUUGUCAAAGAAGACAUCACCGAGCUAAAACAAGAAUUAGCACGAAAAGAUGAACUCAUCAAAAGACAUUACGACAAAAUAGCAACUUGGCAGCAUUUGCUCGCUGACUUGCAAGGUUGGGACAAAUCACUAGCCCAAGGAUCAGCACCUAAUGGAUUAGCAAAUGGCCAAGGUCCACAAGGACCACCAGGUCCCAAUGGAACACCAAAUCCUGUAAUGCAACAGCAGCAGCAGCAACAACAACAAAUUUUACAUCAGCAACAAUUACAGCAGCAACAGCAAUUGCAACACAUGCAGCAACACCAGAUGCAACAACAGCAGCUUCAUCAGCAACAGGUACAACCAGGAGGCGCAGUGCCGCCAGGACUACAGGGAGUUAACGUGAAUCAACAGGGAAUGUUCAUGGGCCAAGGAGUCGCAGGGCGCCCUGGGUUCCCGGUCGGUGGAGUCGCCGGCGUGGGAGUGGGUAACAGUGCGCUGCAGGGUCCACUCGCGUUCCUGGAGAAGACGACGAGCAAUAUAGGGAUGCCGGAGAGGCGGAGUUGACGCGGAAGGGGGAGGGGGCGG